GUUUUACUUAUUUUUUAGUGUUAUUGUGUAGUAAUAAAAAACGUAUAUAGUGAUUCUUAAAUUUUCAAUUCUUCACGAUAAAUCGUCAGAAGAUAGAUGAAUGAUGCAAACUUAAUAUACUUAGUUUAAAAUAGUUAUUAUUAAAUAUUGCAACAUAACAGAUAGUUUUGUUUAUAAUUAUUCAUGAAAAUUAUCACUAAAUAAAGAAGAUGUUGAGGGUGUGGAUUCUUUUGCUUCUUAUUAGAUCAACAAUAUCAGAACUAGAAUUAAAACUAGUACAUAUUGUUUUCUCUCACAAGUUGUAUGCACCGAUUGAACGUGAUGAUGCAAAUCAAAUUGUCUUGCCAAAAAAAUUAGAUUAUCAAUACUUUUUAGAGAAUGCUGAUACUAUGGUGAAUUCAGCUAAGCUCGAUUUGUUUAAUUUUGGUCGUUUUCUACGACAUAACUAUAAUGAUUAUCUUGGAGAUACUUAUCAUCCGGACAUUAUGGAGAUGCGUACAACAGAGCAUGAUUUAUCCAUGAUUUCUGGAUUAUUAGUAGAUGCUGGUCUUUGGCCUCCUAUCGGUCCACAGAAAUGGAAUAAAGAGCUUGAUUGGCAACCUAUACCAACAGAUUACGUACCAGCGAAAUAUGAUUAUUUAUUGUUAGGAGCUUUGUGUCCAACAUUCGUAGAUGAUAUUCAAGAAACACCUUUUGCAAAAGAAAUUAUCAACUAUAAACCAUUGUUUAAUUAUCUUACAAAAAAUCUUGGAUUUCAAAUAAGUCACCUUUAUGAAGUAGAAAUGCUUUAUGCUUAUUUUGAUACAUUAGUAGAUUAUAACAUUUCUCUUCCUCGGUGGGUUGAUACAAAUUUAUAUCCAGAUGGACACAUGAAAACUGUUACAUUGUUAUCUUAUAAUUUACUUUCUCAAACAUUACUCCAAAAACAACUCAAUGGUGGGACGCUUUUAAAAAGAAUUAUAAAUAAAUCAUUCGAUCAUCAAAACAGUAAUGGUACAAGCAAGCUUAAAAUUUCAUUGUUUAGUGUUGAACAAAGAAAUAUUAUUGGUCUGUUACAAGCAAUGGAUAAGUGGAAUGAACAUAUUUUAAAUCGAAAUACAGCAAUUUUUUUUGAACUGUAUGCUAAUACUACUGAUCAUUAUUUAAUAAAGAUGUACUAUUGGAGCGAUGGCAAACUUGAAUCAUUUAAGCUUAAUGAUUGUGAUGACUAUUGUUCAUUGGAUCAUUUUCAAAAACUUUUACAUUUUGUUCUUCCAGAAGAUGAAAAAAGUUUAUGUACUUUUUCUAGAGCUAAUUCUAAAGAAAAAAAUAAGUAUAUACCAUGA